CGGGGCGUCCGCCUUGCAGAGCUGAUGUGUGUUGGGGGCGCCGUGACGCAGCGGCGUGCGCUCCGCAGCGCGGGAAUAAAGUCUGUGGAACUGCUACCUGUCCUGGAUUCCAGGCCCUGCUGUUGUGGCACUUCCCGAGUCAUCCAGCUGAAAGAGGAGGCCGGUUGAACUGUCUCUUCUCCGGGUAACGUGUCCUCUCCACCCCGUUGGAGCUAGCUCUAGACCCCGGGUUUUCGAUCAUUCCAGCCUUCUCCGGCGUUGGAGGUGCUCCGUCCCGCAGACCGGGCCUCUGGACAGCGUGUGGGAGAUUGAUGUAAUGAACAUCCUUUGCAUAUAUCUUGGUCCAUGUGUGCGUGUAUUUCCAUAGGAUAGAUACCAUUGGUGGCUUGAAGGGUAUGCAGUUUAAAAUGCUGAUAACUUCUACGAAAUGUCUUUGAAAAUGAUUGCACUGUUUUUAUUCACAGAGUAAUUGUUUUUUGGAUUUUGCAACUGGAGCCUAUUAAAGAUGAAUGAAAAAAAGUUGGAAACAACUCCACAGCAGCGGAAACUUCCUGAAUGGAUGUCUGGGCAGAAUGAGACCUGUCCUGCAGUAGAAGGAAAGGCAUCUGUUCAGAAGAGUGUUUUCGAAGAUGACCUCCCUUUCUUAGAAUACACUGGAUCAAUUGUUUAUAGUUAUGAAGCUAGUGAUUGUUCUUUUCUAUCAGAAGAUAUUAGCACGGAUCUGAGUACUGGAGGUGUGGUAGGAUUUGACAUGGAAUGGCCACCAGCGUACAGUAAAGGGAAACAGAGCAGAGUUGCACUGAUUCAGUUAUGUGUGUCAGAGAGCAAAUGUUAUUUGUUUCAUAUUUCUUCUAUGUCAGUUUUUCCUCAGGGAUUAAAGAUGUUGCUUGAAAAUGAAGCAAUUAAAAAAGCAGGUGUAGGAAUCAAAGGUGAUCAGCGGAAGCUUCUAUGUGACUUUGACAUUGAUUUGAAGAAUUUUGUGGAGCUGACAGAUGUUGCCAAUGAAAAGCUGAAAUGUACAGAAAUCUGGAGCCUGAAUGGUUUGGUUAAACAUCUCUUUGGCAAACAGCUUCUGAAAGACAGGUCUAUCCGCUGUAGCAAUUGGAAUGACUUUCCUCUCACUGAGGAUCAGAAGCUAUAUGCAGCCACUGAUGCAUAUGCUGGUCUCAUCAUUUAUCAAAAAUUAGAGAUUUUAGGUGAUGCUGUGCAAAGGUUUGCUAUAAAUAAAAAAGAGGAGGAAAUGCUACCUAGUGAUGUGAAGAAACAACUGACAUCAAUCUCUGGGAAUAUGAUGGAUCUGGCUAAGCAUCUCCCUGACACUUGGAAAAAAGUGGAAGAUCCGCAGAGGAUUUCUGUAUUAUUACGUGAUAUUUCAGAAAAUCUGUAUUCAUUGAGGAAGAUGAUACUUGGUUCUGCCGAGACUGUUCAGUUAUUACCAUUGGAAGAUCCAGCUGCUGACAGAGUACAACAGAAACAAAUUAGAAAACAGAAAAUUUUUACUGAAGUUGAAGAUGAUCUAUGGGACACAACACUUGAUAACUUAAUUAUACAUGAUGAAGGAAAUGUACUUCGAAAUGAAGUGAAACAAGAAGAAGAUGGGCUUGAAGCUGGAUUAGAAGAAGGCAAUAAGUUGAAAGAGAACAAAGAAAGAAUUUGUUUGAUGUCGUUAGAUAUUACAGAACGUGACCUCCAAAUUUUGGAACAGCAGGCUCAGGAAAAAUUUCAUAAUGAGACUUGCAAAUCUCCUGAGGAUAAAGAAGAGGAUCUAUCUUAUGUAAUUGAAAGUGAUGAAGAUUUAGAAAUGGAGAUGAUUAAGUCUUUAGAAAACCUAAAUACUGGCACGGCAGAUCCAGUUCAUUCAAAAUGCAGAGACAUGCAAAGAAAUCCGGAUGUUCCUUUUGAAGAUGACGAAGAUGAGAUUGAAGCUAUUGAAGAAGAAAAGGAGGGUGCAGACCAUUCAUUACCAGGACCUAAUGCAAGCCAAAUUAAUUUCCUCAAGAUCUAUUUUGGCCAUUCCAGUUUUAAGCCGGUUCAGUGGAAGGUGAUUCAUUCUGUUUUGGAAGAAAGGAGAGAUAAUGUUGUUGUGAUGGCAACUGGAUAUGGAAAGAGUUUGUGCUUCCAGUACCCUGCUGUGUAUUCAGGCAGGAUAGGCCUUGUCAUCUCUCCUCUUAUUUCUUUGAUGGAAGACCAAGUCCUCCAGCUUAAAAUGUCCAACAUUCCAGCUUGUUUUCUGGGAUCAGCACAGUCAAAAAAUGUUCUAGAAGAUAUUAAAUCAGGCAAAUACCGCAUUGUAUACCUAACUCCAGAAUUCUGUUCAGGUAACUUGAGCCUACUCCAGCAACUUCAGGCUAAUAUUGGUAUUACUCUUAUUGCUGUGGAUGAGGCUCACUGUAUUUCUGAAUGGGGACAUGACUUUAGAAUUUCAUUCCGAACUUUGGGCUCCUUAAAGGCGAUACUCCCAUCAGUUCCGAUUGUUGCACUUACUGCCACUGCAAGUUCUUCAAUCCGGGAAGACAUUGUGCGCUGCUUAAACCUGAAGAAUCCUCAGAUUACCUGUACUGGUUUUGAUCGACCAAACUUGUAUUUAGAAGUUGGGCGAAAAACAGGAAACAUCGUUCAGGAUCUUGUCCAAUUUCUUAUCCGAAAGACAAAUACCACCUGGGAAUUUGAGGGCCCAACUAUCAUCUAUUGUCCUUCCAGAAAAAUGACAGAACAAGUUACAGCUGAACUUAAGAAACUGAACUUAGCCUGUGGAACAUACCAUGCAGGCUUGAGUGUUAAAUCAAGGAGAGAGGUUCAUCAUAGUUUCAUGAGAGAUGAAAUUCAGUGUGUUAUAGCUACCAUAGCUUUUGGAAUGGGCAUUAAUAAAGCCGACAUUCGCAAAGUCAUUCAUUAUGGUGCUCCUAAAGAAAUGGAAUCGUAUUACCAGGAGAUUGGGAGAGCUGGCCGUGAUGGGCUUCAGAGUUCUUGUCAUGUACUGUGGGCUCCAGCAGACAUUAACUUAAACAGGCAUCGCCUUAGUGAGAUUCCCAAUGAAAAGUUUCGAUUAUACAAAUUAAAGAUGAUGGCAAAGAUGGAAAAAUAUCUUCAUUCCAGAAGGUGUAGGCGAAAACUCAUCUUGUCUCAUUUUGAAGACAAACAACUACGAAAGGCCUCCGUGGGUAUUAUGGGAACUGAAAAAUGCUGUGAUAAUUGCAGGUCCAGAUUGGAUCAUUGCUGUGCCAUUGAUGACUCAGAUGAGACAUCAAAGGACUUUGGUCCACAAGCAUUCCAGCUAUUAUCUGCUGUAGAAAUCUUAGGAGAAAAGUUUGGAAUUGGACUUCCGAUUUUAUUUCUCCAAGGAUCUAGUUCCCAGCGUCUUCCAGAUCAGUAUCGCAGACACAAUUUAUUUGGCAGUGGCAAGAAUCAGACAGAGAGUUGGUGGAAGGCUUUGUCCCACCAGCUCAUGGCUGAGGGAUUCUUGGUAGAAGUUUCUGGGAAGCGCAGAUUUGUAAGGAUUUGCACUCUUACAGAAAAGGGCAGAUGUUGGCUUCAUGAAGCCGGUACAGAGUCUCCUAAGAAACUUAUCCUCCAAGCUAGUGAAGAAUUGUGUCCGAGGGUAUUUCUUCUACCAAGUUCUAAAACUGUACCACCCGGCGUUGAACAGGGUUCCUAUAAUCAAGUACCAGCUGAGUCAACAAUAGACAAGAAGCAGCUUAACUUGGAGAAGAUGUAUUCUUAUAAAGCAACUGAUAAAAUUUCUUCUGGGAGAAACAUUCCUAAAAAAAGCUUCAUGGUGCAUUCACCAGGAAAACCUCACAAGUCCUCAGAACCUGUUAUUUCAGCUCAAGAGCAGGAGACUGAGACUGUGUUGUAUGGCAAACUGGUUGAAGCCAGGCAGAAACAAGCCAGUAAAAUGGAUGUCCCUCCAGCUAUUCUGGCAACAAAUAAGAUACUACUGGAUAUGGCCAAAAUGAGACCUACUACGUUUGAAAAUGUGAAAAGGAUCGAUGGUGUGUCUGAAGGCAAAGCUAAUAUGUUGACCCCUCUGUUGGAAGUCAUCAAAGAUUUCUGUCAAAUAAAUAGCAUUCAGACAGACCUCUUUUCAAGGACAAAACCUCAGGAAGAACAAAGGAACAGUGUGGUGGCAAAAAAUGAAGCAUGCUCCCUUUCACAGCCUAUGGCCAUCACGUAUUACUUAUUCCAAGAAAAGAAGAUGUCUUUGAUAAGUAUAGCCCAGGAGAGGGCUAUGCCUGUCACAACGGUUGGGAUGCACUUAACCCAAGCACUGAAAGCUGGCUGCCCACUUGAUAUGGAACGAGCAGGCCUGACUCUGGAGGUUCAGAAGAUUAUCGCUGAUGUUAUCCGAAACCCUCCCAUCAACUCAGAUAUAAAUGAAGUUAAACUAAUUAGAAAGCUGGUUCCUGAAAACAUUGACACGUACCUUAUCCACAUGGCACUUGAGAUCCUGGGAAAAGACUGUGACAACAGACUGUUAGACCAGCUUUCAUGUACUUCCAACAGAAAGAGAUAUUUCCCCAACUCUGAAGAGAGCUGUUCAAGUUCUAAGAGAAGCAGGGAAGAAGUAGGCGCUAAUACCAAGCCUGCCUCUGUAACCUCAAAGAGAAAAUUACCUGAGUGGUUUGCCAAAGGCAGAGAGACUUCAGCUGACACCAGCCAGAAAUCAAUGGCCAGAACAAAAAAGAAAGGUCUUUUUAGUUAAACUGGCAAUUGCCAGAGGAAUUGUGUGUGUCUUACUGUAUUAGAGGGGAACUGUGUUUCAUUUCUGAAAAUAGUGGCAAGGAGUACUUCAGUUAACAAAUUAUUCUAAUCUCAAAAGUAAGACUGACUCAUUUGUUGAACAGCUAACAUCUUAAACCAGCCUUGUGCAGUUUACUAAAGUUGAGUCUUCUGAGAGCCUGAGUGAGUAAUCAUAGAAUAGAAUAAAUACAUUAAUCUCCUUUACGCUUGCUCUAAGAAACCGUUACUGCUCUGUUUCUUAAUCUCUUUAUUUCAGCAGUAUAUUUAAGGGGUGCCGAUUUGAUAUAAAUAACAGACUGAUGGUUGUAGGAUGAUUACGUGUGUAAUAGAAAAUCUUCAUAUCUUACCAGCUUGCUUUCUUGUGAACGAAGGAAGCAUAGUUAUUUUUACAAUGUCCUUACCAUCUUUAUAAGAAGCUCUUAGACACAUUGAUAAAUGGUAUUAGUGGAACAGACCAGUGAAAAUGAAACAUUCUGGGUUCCAUGCAUGUAGAGAAAAAUAAUGUAGCAAAGUAGACCAACUUCACUAGGCAACCAUGCACUUUGUAUUUUGUAUGCUAUUUCUAUUAUCUUUCAAGUACUAAAUUCCUUCAUAUUGAAUAUUACAAAAUAUAUAUGUUAUAUAUGCAUUUUAUAUAUAUAUGUGUGUGUGUAUAUAUAUAUUUUUUUAACUUUUACUUAAUUACCUUGAGCACUUUCAGUUUUUGAGGAUGUUGGAGUUUGAGUGUAAUACCUCUUUAUGUAGCACAUGUGACUUCGCGAUCGAAACCCAUACUCUGAUGCUGAGUUUGGUAAACCAUGGUUAAUAUCACUUUAACCAGUUCACCUUACGGCCUUUAACUGAUGUUUUUGUAACAAAAAUCACUAUUAAUAAAGAAGAGAUAUUGUAGGAGAACUAGGAAAUCUGGAGAGAUGAAAAGAAGAAAAUAAAAAUCAGUGGUGGUUGUACCCAGCAGAUCAUCAGUUAACCCCUUCUUUGUAUCCUGCUAAGCCUCUGUAUUCACUGCUUUUCUUAGUUUGAUACAUGAAUAAUAAAUGAAUGUGUUUUCUUUGUAAAACAUUUAAGUUAAAACACAAAAGAUCUCUGUAUUCCCAUUUUCCUGCAUCUCAUUACCAUUCCCUUUCCAGAAAGUAACUCCUAUUAAGUACGUGACUUAUAGUUCUCUCAUCAUUCCUUAUGCAUUUAUAUGCCUUGCAUAUAUAUCUACACAUACAUUCCUGUUUUUUAAAGUGAGUUAGAUCAUGCUGUAUGCAACUUUCUGCAACAAACUCUUUUCACUUAAUAUGUCAUGAAGAACUUCCCAUGUCAGUAUAUAUAUUGGUCUGUCUCAUUCUUUUUUACAGCUCCCUACCAUUCUAUAUGUUGAAUAUAUUGUAUUUUAUAUAAUCACUUUCAUAUUGGUGAUUUUUGUCUUUUUUUUCUACUUUAGAUUAUUUCUAGAAGUAGAAUUAGAGAAUGAAAUUUAUAUUUCACUGAAUAUAUUAUGAAUAUUUUUUUCCAUGUCAUUAAAUUGUUUUCCACAGAAUCUUUUUCGGUGGCUUUUUGUAGUACAGUGAUUCUCAAAGUGUGGUCUGCAGACUUUUAGGGGUUUUUGAGACUCCUUCCGGGAAUUUACAAAGGAAAACUAUUUUCAUAAUACCAAGAUGGGAUUUGCCUUUUGUCCUAUGUUUUUUCCACUGAGGGUGCAAAGCAGUCGUGAGUAAAACCACUGGUACUUAAGUGCAAAUCAAGACAGUGACACCAGAUUGCUGGUUUUAUUAAUUCUCAGUCCUCAAACACAUCUUCUCAAUCUUUUAUGUGAUGAAAUGGCAAGUGUGUAUAAAACACUUCUGCUCUGUACCAAAGUGUGAUGGUUGUCUCCAGGAAAAACUCUUGUUUGAAUGGUGAACUGAAUUAAUUCUUUUUCCAUGGACUACCAUUUCUGACUGAAAAGAAUGACUGAUAGAAAACUAUGAUUGGUUAUUGAGACUUGGGCAUUUGGUGGAUAUUUUCUCAAAAUUGAAUCAAGUCAUCCUGUCACUUCAGGGAAAACUGAUGGUUAUUUGUUGGCAAUGAUAAAAUUUGAGAUUUCUGGCAGAAUUUAUAGUUUUGGAAAACUUGUGUCUGCUGCCAGGAGUUUGAAAGCUUCCAAUAUUAUAAAGGCUUCUCUAAUGAGAUAUUAUUCAUACGAUUAACAAAAUUUUUAGAAGAUCUGCAUAACUCAGUGAACUCCAUUAUUUUCUAGGUGACUAAUACGUGAUCUUAUAAAAUCAUGCAUGAGUAAAAGAGUCAUCCAAACCACAAAGUGGCCCAAUGGAUUUUAAUGUAGCAGAGUAUGAAAACAUUUAUUUAUAUGGUUUCAGAUUGUACACUGCAGCCAGUCUUUAAGAAACUACAGAUGUCCAGUUGUGGUAUAGUUUCAAAGAAGAGUGCCUAUAAUUAUCUGGAAAAGCUAUUAAAAUACUCUUAAUUAAGGUCACACUUUCUCCACACACGUCAACCAAAAGACCAUAUAUUGAAUAUAGGAUCAGAUUGAAUGAAGAAGCAGAUCUGAGACUCCAGCCACUUCUGUGAAGCCAGACAAUGCUAUUCUUCUAUUUUGUGGGGGAUAUUUUUGUAAAAUUUAUUUAUGUUAUCAUAUAUUGGAUUUACUGCUGGUUUUUUUAAAUUAAUAAACAUUUCUUAAACAUUU